AUGAGUGUAAUUUUGUGUACCGCUGGUUAUGACCAUACUAUCCGGUUCUGGGAAGCUCUUUCCGGCAUCUGUUCUCGCACCAUCCCGCACCCCGAUUCGCAGGUCAACCGACUCUGCAUCUCCCCGGACAAGAAGUUCCUCGCCGCCGCCGGCCACCAUACGGUCAAGCUCUACGACAUCCGCUCCAGCAAUCCCAAUGCCGUUCUCACCUUCGAGGGCCACACGAGCAACAUCACGGGCGUCGCAUUCCACUGCGAGGGCAAGUGGAUGGUGACUAGCUCCGAGGAUGGUACCGUCAAGAUCUGGGACACCCGUAUCGGCACCGUCCAGCGCAACUACGCCCAUGGUGUCCCCGUCAACGACGUCGUCAUCCACCCCAACCAGGGUGAGCUCAUCAGCUGCGACCGCGGUGGAAACGUGCGCAUUUGGGACCUGGGAGAGAACAAGUGCUCCCACCAAUUGAUCCCGGAGGACGACGUCUCUGUCUCCAGCGUCACUGUCGCGAGCGAUGGCUCCAUGCUUUGCGCUGGCAACAACGCGGGCAACGUCUACGUCUGGAAAAUGGCCAUGCGCGGCGAAAACACCCAACUCGCACCCGUCUGCAAAUUCGUCGCGCACCAGACCUACAUCACGCGCGUGCUGCUCUCCCCAGACGUGCGCCACCUCGCGACCUGCUCCGCCGACCACACGGCGCGCAUCUGGUCCACCGACACCUCGACCCCGCAUAACGUGACGCCGGCCGACAACCUCCCCGCCGACCGCGACAAGGACGCCUUCCCGCUCGAGACGACGCUGCACGGGCACCAGCGCUGGGUGUGGGACUGCGCCUUCAGCGCCGACAGCGCGUACCUCGUCACGGCUUGCAGCGACCACUACGCGCGGCUGUGGGAGCUGAACAGCCAGAGCAUCAUUCGGCAGUACAACGGCCAUCAUCGGGGCGCCGUGUGUGUGGCGUUGAACGACACGGCGGUGGGCACCUAG